GUAAACAUAAAAAAACAAAGUUCUGUGCUUUUUUAGCAUUUCGAUACAAUCGGAGACCAUUUAUCAAUAUUUCAAUACGCGUUAUCCCCUGAAACCCUAGUCCCCCAUCUGAUAUAAAAUCGAAGAUUUGGGCUGUCCUUCGUCUUCCUGGAUAGUCUCUGAAGUCAAGAAGGGAACGCCAGAACACUAUUUCUCCACCCAACUCUUCUUGGAGCCAUGUCGAGGAGGAAGGUUAGGGAACCAAAGGAAGACAAUGUGACCCUUGGACCCACUGUAAGAGAAGGAGAACAAGUUUUUGGCGUGGCUCAUAUUUUUGCUUCAUUUAAUGACACAUUCAUACACGUGACUGAUUUGUCUGGAAGAGAGACACUUGUUCGUAUAACUGGUGGCAUGAAGGUCAAAGCUGACCGAGAUGAGUCUUCUCCUUAUGCAGCCAUGCUUGCAGCACAAGAUGUUGCACAGAGAUGCAAGGAACUUGGCAUUACUGCUCUUCAUAUUAAGUUGCGGGCUACGGGAGGAAAUAAGACUAAGACACCCGGUCCUGGUGCUCAAUCUGCUCUUCGUGCUCUUGCUCGUUCUGGAAUGAAAAUUGGCCGCAUAGAGGACGUGACUCCAAUUCCAACUGACAGCACUCGUAGAAAGGGUGGUAGAAGGGGGAGAAGGCUCUAAGUUGGGUUCUUGUGUUCAAUCAAAUCAUCUCAUUGUUUUUAUUUUUGUAUUGUUAUUUUUAGUUCUGGGGUGGGGUGGGGAUGGUGAGAACAGUUUUGUAGCUUUGGACCAUAUAAUUAAACCUUGCGCUGAUGUGGAGCAUCUGUGAAAUGGAAGGUCAGUAGGGGCACCACAGAAAGUGAAUGUGGUUCCUACUUGAAACUUUUUUGAAGUAUAUGAUGGUGUGGUACUGUGCCAA